AUGGCUCAAACUGCUAUUGCAAAAUUAAAUGGCAUUUCAUUAGAUGAUGGAAAACAAUUAUGUGUUUGUUUUUUUAAAAAUAAGAAAGAUCGCGAAGAAGAACUACGAACAGCUUAUAUUAAAUCAUGUGAAGAUCGAAAUUUGUACAUUAGUAAUCUGGAUGAAAGUAUUGAUGAUGAAAAAUUGAAGGAAGCAUUUUCUCAUUAUGGUAAAAUUACAAGUGCUAAGGUUAUGAUAAAACACGGUCGAUCACAAGGGUACGGAUUUGUAUGUUUUAGUACAGCUGAUGAAGCAAAUAAAGCGAUAAAUGAAAUGAAUGGGAAAGAACUUUGUUUAAAACCAAUCUUUGUCACCAUAAACAAACGUUCAAGACAAACUCGAGCGUCGUCAUGUAAUCGAUAUCCACCUAGAAUCCCAACAAUAAGAACAUUGUCUACAGCGAGGAGUCAACCCCAAUCUCAAUCGUACUACGGACUUCAACCUCUAAAUAAUACGAGGAGACAAGUAACGGUUAAUCGACAAUAUCCUCUAAGAGCACGAUUCGAUUAA